GAUAGAACACAUGGUAUAGGAAUAACAAAAACGAAUCGGGCAUACGUGUCCCUGCAAUAAAGCUUCUCACAUAUUUUCAUUCAUUGAUUAUAAAAGAUCGAAUAAUUUUUUAUAAAUUUAUUUACGUUAUAGCCAACAUUUUUAAUAGUCAAAUAUUUUAAAUAAGAAAUGAAUAACGAGUUUUUAUUUUUUUUAAAACAAAAGAGAGAAAUUUAUCUUUUAAGAAGCUGAAUGAAUUCUAGGUGUGGCCUUGACUAUAUAAAGUCCUUUAAUUUACAUGAAUUUAUUGUUUAUUGACCAUUUAUAAUAAUACGUAUAAAAAAAAAAUUUGUAAUUGAAUCUUGCAAUAGUGUAUCAGUCAUCAUGUAUUCUUUUAUAAGAAAUAAACUGCGUAUAAAUUUUUACAAAAUCACUGUAGCUUUAAUUGGUACCAUGGGAGAAAUACCUAAUGAACAUAAUUCCAAUUAUAUUGACUACAAUGAUGACUUUUCCAGUACACAAAAGACCAUGCCUGCAACACGAGAAAUGGUCGAUCAACUGAUCUCUUCAAAUCAAAUUGUUAUAUUUUCCAAGACGCGUUGCCCAUAUUGUAAAAUGGCAAAACAAGUAUUUGAUUCAUUAAAAAAAGAAUAUACUGCUAUUGAAUUGGAUGAAAGGGACGAUGCAGAAGAAAUCCAAUCAAUAUUGGGAGAAAUGACAGGUGCAAGAACAGUUCCUAGGGUAUUUGUUAAAGGAGAAUGCCUUGGAGGAGGUACUGAUAUAAAGAAACUUUAUGAUAGCGGAGAAUUACAGAAUAAAUUUUAAAUUAUUGGUAAAAAGCAUAUAUCUGAUACAUCUAUUUAACAUACCUAUAACUAUGGUACUUAUACCAUGUAUUCUAUACUCUGUUACAUAACAAUAGUAACUGAAUUCUAAUAUGUAACAACAAUUUCAUUAAAUACUUUAAUUUAAAAAGCGAA